AUGAGGAGCCUACGCAGCGGGCUUAUUGCCCGGAGGUCAUGGACCUGUAUCCAAUGCAGAGCCCUGUCUUCCUCUGCGGGCGCAAACGUUCGCAAACCGAAGAACAAUCUCCCCGACGCCCCGGCGCGAACACGCUUUGCGCCUUCCCCGACCGGUUAUCUCCAUCUAGGAUCGCUACGGACUGCGCUGUUUAACUAUCUCCUCGCCAAGAGAACUGGAGGCCAGUUCCUAUUGCGCAUUGAAGAUACGGAUCAGAAACGUACGAUUCCGGGAGCAGAGCAGCGACUAUAUGAUGACCUACGAUGGGCAGGAUUACAUUGGGAUGAAGGCCCGGUCGUUGGUGGUCCAUACGGUCCAUACAGACAAUCUGAACGGACAGCCCUCUAUCGAACCCACGCCGACGAGCUAAUCUCCAAUGGCCAUGCAUACCGGUGCUUCUGCUCUUCAGAGCGUCUCGAUUCGUUUGCACGUCACCGUAGCCAGGCAGGGCUCCCUUCCGGUUACGAUAGGAAAUGCGCCGAUAUUUCUGCCGAAGAGUCCGAAGACAGAGCAUCUAAGGGAGAGUCACACGUGGUUCGGUUGAAGGUGGAAGGAUAUCCUAUGUUCAAAGACCUGGUUUACGGCAAGACGGGACAAAACAAGACCAACAGUAGCAAGUUGGAUCUUAUUGAUCGUGUCUAUGACGAUCCCAUUCUGUUGAAGUCUGAUGGACAUCCGACAUAUCAUCUGGCAAAUGUGGUGGACGAUCAUUGUAUGAAGAUUACACACGUCAUCCGGGGAACGGAGUGGAUGCCCUCGACUCCAAUGCAUAUGGCCUUGUAUAAUGCUUUCAAGUGGACACCUCCGCAAUUCGGUCAUGUUCCUCUGCUCGUUGAUAAGAGCGGGCAGAAGCUCAGCAAGCGGAAUGCAGACAUCGAUCUCUCCUCGUUCAAGGACCAGCAGGGAAUCUUCGCUGCUACUUUGGUCAAUUUUGCCGCACUUUUGGGCUGGUCUCAUUCUCAGAAAUCGGAUGUUUUCAGCCUGGAAGAGCUUGAGCAGAUUUUCAAUCUCAAGAUUACCCGUGGCAAUACUGUCGUUGCAUUUGAGAAACUCUGGUUCCUUCAGAAGGCACAUGCCCAGCGAUUCGCGGCAACCGGCGGUCCUCAGUUUGACGAAAUGGCGAAUAGAGUGUGUGCCGCCGUUGAAGAGAGCCACUCUAUGGACAAUCUCACCUCUAUCCUUCAGGGCCGCACCCUGUUCGAGUAUAUCGCACCUCUCCUUCAUGCAGACGCCAAAACCUAUACGACCGCGGAGGAAUUCACGAAGCGUAACUCUACUUUCUUCACUUCACAACUUGACCGACCUUCAUACACACCAACGGCCUCCUCCGCCUCGACAGAAGCGCCUACGGUUCCAAUGCAAGCACUCCACACGGCUGCCGCGGCUCUGACCCUUGUACCGCCAGCCCACUGGACUAUCGAAACCCAUCGCGCAAACAUUACCUCCUACGACGGCUCCGAUGCCGUCACAAUCCCGUCUGAGACUGCAGAUGUAGUUAAUCCCGACAAGAUUUUCAAGAAAGAGCUAUACCAUUAUCUCCGAUGGGCGUUGUCAGCUUCCGCGCCUGGCCCUGGUAUUCCGGAGAUCAUGACUAUUCUUGGACAGGAAGAAACGCUGCGCCGUAUCCAGGAUGCGAAGGCUCUGACGCAGUCUCUCGUGCCUCAGACCGGAAGACGAGUCCCAAAGGGAGAAAAGAAGUUGCAAGAGGAUAAAAGUUGGAUGGGGACUCUUGCUCCCCAGACAUGA